CCCUUAAAGGAGCGCUGCUAGCCUCCUCCCCCGGCGGGGAAGGCGGAAGAGCGGAGCACCAGCGAGAGCAGCCCCGGCCUUGCCUGGCUCCUCUUCGGGUUUAUAUGCACCUGGCUGGAUUGCUGCUCGCCCUGGAGAAGGAGGAGAAGGGGCAGCACUGGGACCGCAGCUCACCUUUCCCGGCCAUGUGCUCGGUAAGCGAGGGUAGCAGCACAGACCCCUUGGUGACCCGCUUCAAACAGGUGGAGGAGACGCUGGAGAGGCUGCACCGGGAAAACAGGAGCUUGAAGAAUAAAGUGCCUCGGUACAACGCGCUCUGCACCUUGUACCACGAGUCUGCUCAGCAGCUGAGGCACCUCCAGCUGCAGCUGGCCGCCAAGGAGGCGACGAUCCGCGAGCUGCGGAGCAGCCUGGCCCGGCAGGCGACGGCGGCGGGCGGCGAGGCGGAGGCGGCGGGCGGGGAGCCGGCCCGCUCGCUGGUGGACAGCCUGCUGGAGCAGCUGGGCCAGGCCCGCGAGCAGCUCAGGGACAGCGAGCGACUCUCGGCGCGACGAAUGGAGGCUCUGAACCAGGAAGUACAGAAGUUGAAUCAGCAACUAGAGGAGAAAAAUGGAGAGAUACAGCAGAUGAUAAAUCAACCUCCAUUUGAAAAGGAGAGAGAAAUCUUACGACUUCAGAAGAGCUUGGCAGAGAGAGAAAAAGCUCAGGCCACCAGCGAUGUUUUGUGCCGUUCACUCACUGAUGAAACCCACCAACUGCAACGCAAAUUAGCAUCCACAGCAGAAAUGUGUCAACAUCUGGCAAAAUGUCUAGAAGAGAAGCAAAGAAAAGAGAAGGGGAAUUCAGAUGACCAGACACUUAUGGGAAGAUCUGAUCAGCUUUUAGACAAUGAAACUUCACUUCAAGCUCUUAUCUGCAACCUACAAGAUGAAAACAGGAUGUUAAAACAAAAAGUAGCUCAUGUGGAAGACUUAAAUGCAAAGUGGCAGAAAUACGAUGCAAGUAGGGAUGAGUAUGUGAAGCGACUCCACUUGCAGCUAAAAGAGAUGAAGUCACAACUGGAGCAGCAGCAUGGUGUAACUUCCACACAAACGAAUUCUGACCUGAUGCACAAAGAGAUACUCCGGUUAAACAAGCUACUGGAAGAGAAAAUGAAUGAAUGCAUAAAAACAAGGAGAGAAUUAGAAGAUGUGAAGAAGGCCAGUGAAGGAGAUAAUGAACGCAUACAAAUGCUGGAGCAACAGGUCCUAGUUUAUAAAGAUGAUUUCACAUCUGAGAGAUCUGACAGAGAACGAGCACAGAGUAAAAUACAAGAGCUUCAGGCAGAAGUUGCAUGUCUGCAACACCAGCUAGCAAGACGACAGGAUUCAAGAGACACAAGCAGUCAUUUCAGAGUUCACAUUGGUAACCAAAAUCAUAUGCAUGUACAGACAAACGUUGAACAUCUACUGGGCAACAGCCCAGGCCAAACAGGCAUGAGAAGAACAUCUUCACAGUCUGAACAAGCUUCUCCUCCUGCGGACAAUGGAAACUCAGGAUCUGAGGGCAGGGCACAGGGUGAACUUAGAUGCCCUCAUUGUAUGAGGUUUUUCAGUGAUGAACUCAGUGAUGAAUUCCUCAAGCAUGUUGCUGAAUGCUGUCAGUGACCAUGUCAUGGGAGGCAUUUAAGUCAAUCACUACUUUAUAGACAGUAAAACUUUGCUCUAUACAUAUCUCCUACAGUCCUCAAACAGAGUAAUUCAAAUGGACAGCUCUUAGGAAUUAGGAGGAUGAACAAUAUCUACCUCUUCUUUGAUUUCACCUUCUCUUACACUGUAUGAAAGACUUCAAGAUAAAGCAAGGUGCUUUUAUGAAGAAUUAGUUUUGGCAGCUACGAGGAAGGCAAGCAUAAUACAAAUUCUACUACAAACUAAGCUGAAACUUACAGUGGUAGUUCGCUUCAGAGUGCAGCUUGACUCAAAUAUGAGUCUAAUUCUUCACAGCAGUCUGAAGGCUUGUGAAAAAAAUUAUUGAACUUACUGUCUUCCAAAAAUGUAGGCUGAAGAACGGGGGAGGAGCUUUUUGGCAGAAGAUAGGAAAAAGUCUUACUGUGCUUUAUCUGGAUUAAAAGCGAAAGUAUUUUCUUGUCUAUUGAAGGUGAACUUUCAGACAUCUUGCCUGAAAAUCCUUGUGCUCAACUAAAAUCAGGAGAAGUGAAGAAAACAUAAAAGGACUGGUUGUUGACUAAAACUAGCUUGUCUUUUUGCACAGAAACAAUGUACAGGGAUAUUUAUUUUUUCUGUGCCAGAAGUAAAUAUUUUACACGUUUGUAAA